CAGGCUCCCUAAAGUCCUUCGAAGUACUCCAUUCCUCUCCAUUCUCUGGUCUCUGGUUAUUCUUGUUUGCACGAGUGUUAGAAGCUCCUCGUCAUGGCAGGAGCUUUGCAUGGUGAAUCCGGCAAAAACAAUCCAUGACCAAAGGAGGUGUGCCUCGCGUGCGUUUUGGCAUGCUGCAUUGGAGGUGCGAAGUGGCCGGCGGAAUCGAAGGAGGCGCCGGCGGAGCAUGCCAUUACCAUGCGCCGGCGCCUGCGCGGACGAGAUGCGUGACUCCUCCAACCAACCGGUGGCGCAUACCAUGCGGCGGCGAAACAACCAGCAGAUUGGAAGGGCGCGGCGGCGCCGGCCAACCGGAUGGGAGGGAGGGAGCAGCUCCGUCCGUGUGGCGUGAACCACGCCGUGGAUGACGAAGUAAUCCUUAGCGCUGAAUAAAGCACGCUGUCAUUUUUCAGUCUGUUAAGAGUAGUUUGCGUUCAGUUAGAUUAGUUAGCUGAAAAAGUUGAGAGAAAACGAUGGUGAGCUAUUGUGGGCCUGAUCGGACUCCGUCAAACAAGUUUGUUAGAUUAGGUAGUUGUGCCCGUUUUUCACUCUGUUGUCCUUCUUUAUUAUACAGUAAUAGUGGAAGAAAAGCUGAAACUCGUCAGUUCAGCACCAAAAGCUCCGAGCCUCUGUUUCGAUUUGUGUUUCCAAGUGUUGUGUGUAGGAUAGGAGAUACACCAACAGUGGAAGCCCAGUGCGCAGGGGGAAAAGCUUGCUCCCGGCCACUGUCAUCCAAUUGUACGCAGCGGUUCCGAUUUGUUUACGCUCAAACGCGUCCAAAACAAGCUCGUCCAAGAAUAAACAAAUCCGUCACAAGUGAGGUUGUACCCCAUGGGGCUCGUCUGACAUAACGUGAGAAUACAGUUAUCACUGAUUCCGGCGGUGGCUGGAGGACUCCAGCCUCUAGCAGGAAGCAGAAGAUGGAGAAGCACAGAGGCGCAGACACAGACAGCAGCCUCCAUCAGAACAUCAUCCGGGUCUCGUCCCCAGUUGCAAUGGAGGAGGGGACCUCGGAGCCAAACCACUCACUGUCACUGCACAAGAAAACAUCCGAAGUGAUCGCCGCCACCCUGGAGACCUACCGGAGCAAGCCGUUGUCUUUCUGGCUACUGCUCGUCCUGAGCAGCGGCGCCAUGCUCACCGCGUUCCCGGCCUCGAGCCUCCUCUCGCGGCUCUACUACAACAACGGCGGACAGAGCAAGUGGAUCCUGUCGUGGGCGGCCGUCGCCGGCUGGCCCCUGCCCGCGUUAUUCCUGCUCCCGUUCUACCUCCUCGGCAAAGCCUCGCCGACGCCGCUGUCGCUGGCGCUGUGCUUCUGGUACGUCCUCCUCGGUUUCCUCAGCGCCGCCGACAACCUCAUGUACGCCUGGGCGUACGCCUACCUCCCGGCGUCCACGGCGUCGCUCGUCGCCGCGUCGUCGCUCGCGUUCUCCGCGCUCUUCGGCCGCGCCAUCGUCAAGAACAGGCUGACCCUGUCCUCCCUGAAUGCCGUGGUCGUGAUCACGGCGGGCGUGGUGAUCGUCGCGCUGGACUCCGGAUCGGACAGGCCACCCGGCGUCACGGCGAGGCAGUACGCGCUCGGGUUCGUCUUGGACGUGCUCGGGUCGGCGCUCCACGGCCUCAUCUUCGCGCUCUCGGAGCUCGUCUUCGCCAAGAUCCUCGGGAGGCGCUCGUUCCACGUGGUGCUGGAGCAGCAGGCAGCGGUGUCGCUGUCCGCGUUCGCGUUCACGUCCGUCGGGCUCGCCAUAAGCGAGGGCUUCCCGGCGAUGCGGCGCGAGGCGUCACGGUUCAAGCACGGCGAGGCCGCGUACGCGAACGUGAUGGUGUGGACGGCCGUCACGUUCCAGCUGGGGGUGCUCGGCGGCACCGGCGUGCUGUUCCUGGCGUCGACCGUCCUCGCCGGCGUCCUGAACGCCGUCAGGGUGCCACUGACGAGCGUCGCCGCGGUGAUCUGGUUCCACGAUCCCAUGAGUGGGUUCAAGAUCCUGGCGCUGGUCAUCACGGUGUGGGGGUUCGCGUCCUACAUGGUCGGGCACUCCUCUGCCAAGAGUACGUCAUCAAGUUGAUACCAUAUCUUAUCGUUUGUCCAUGUCCAAAACUUUGUUUCGCAGCUGCUGCACAACAAAUAUUUCUUUUUGAGAACGCGCAAAAAGGUUGUACGUUCUCAUUGUACUUUGUAACAACAAACUACAUCCUGCUACUCGUAACUGAGGACACGCAUAUGCUACAGUAAUUCGCGUGGAAGGUACA